UAUUUAUCCAAAAAUAUAAAGAUUCAUUAAUAUUCUUUUUUUAAUAAAAUCCUUAAUAAAAUGACCUAACGCGUAAGACCAAUUAAUUUCAUAGUAUAAAAUAUAAAUACCCAGCCAAAACAACCCACAAAACCCAUUCUAACCGAGCAAACAAACAAACAAACAAAAAAAGAGAGAAAAAAACUAUAAAAUCAAUGGAAAACGGUGGAGCGAAAAUGAAUGGAGUUAACAAAGAAUGGAGGUUCAAGGGAAACGAAAAUGGAAAUAUUUCAACAGGUAAUGUUAAUAAUGGUAAUAAACCUUCAUCAAACACAAAAAGAGGGGUAACGGUAAGAGAAGCAAGAACUAUGAUAAUGGAGAAUUUAAAUCCAAAUGAUAAUAGACCAAUGCUUGCUCUUGCUCAUGGUGAUCCUUCUAUUUUCCCCUGUUUUCGUACUUGUCCUAAUGCCGAAAACGCCGUCGUCGAUGCGCUUCGCUCCGCUCAAUUUCACUCUUAUGGCACCGCCGUUGGCCUCCCUUCUGCUAGAAAAGCUGUAGCAGAUUACCUAUCUCGUGAUCUUCCUUAUGAACUUUCACCAAAUGAUGUUGUCCUUACUGUUGGUUGUACACAAGCUAUUGAUAUUACACUUUCCGCUCUUGCUUCUCCUGGUGCUAAUGUUUUGUUACCUACUCCCGGUUACCCUUAUUACGAUGUUUAUUCUUCUCAUAUCGGACUUGAGACACGACACUUUGAUCUCGUGCCUAGAAAUGGGUGGGAAGUUGAUCUGGAUGCUAUCGUUGCCUUGGCUGAUUCGAAUACUGUCGCUAUGGUUUUAAUCAAUCCUGGUAACCCUUGUGGUAACGUUUUCACGUAUGAUCAUUUGCAUAAGAUAGCACAAGUUGCAAGAAAAUUAGGAAUUUUAGUGAUAAGUGACGAAGUUUAUGGCCAUCUGACCUUCGGAAGCAAACCAUUUGUGCCUAUGGGUGUUUUUGGAAAUAUUACUCCAGUAAUCACCCUUGGAUCUUUAUCUAAACGAUGGAUUGUUCCUGGUUGGAGACUUGGUUGGCUUGUCACCAAUGAUACUCAUGGCAUCUUGCAAAAAUAUGGGGUUAUUGACAGCAUUAAACGUAUCGUAAGCAUAUCCGCAGAUCCUGCUACCUUUAUUCAGGGGGCACUUCCACAAAUUCUUGAGAAAACAAGCAAAGAUUUCUUUACAAGAGUCAUCGACAUUCUACGGCAUGAUGCAGACCUUUGCUUUGACAAACUUAAGGACAUUCCUGGCCUUAUUUGUCCUCACAAACCCGAUGGUUCUAUGUUUGUCAUGGUGAAACUUGAUUUGAUGCAACUAGAAGGAAUUAUUGACGAUAUUGAUUUUUGCAUUAAACUUGCCAAAGAAGAGAAGAUGAUUAUUUUACCAGGUGUAACUUUAGGAGCAAAAAAUUGGUUACGGAUUACUUUUGCGUUGGAGCCAACAGCUCUGGAAGAUGGUCUUAAAAGAUUAAAAGCAUUUUGUCAAAGACAUGCUCCUACAAUUAAGCCAUAAUACCUUCAUUUCUUUGUAAAUUAAUAUUAAUCACGCUUCAAAAUUAACAACUUUUUUGUGUAAUGUUUCCUUUGUGUUUGGAUUAUUUCUUGUUAAUUUUUGUGCCAUAAAAGUUAUUGUGCUGAAAUGAUCGUUUCUAGAUUUUUUGUCAAUUUUACUCGAUUAAAAUUUAAAAUGAAAAAAAAUAGAUAUCAUCAUCGUAAAAUAUUUAAAAAGCGUGGCAUGAUUUGUGAAUGAGUUGUGUAAGAAUUGAAAUUUUGUGGCCGAAAAUUAUUUUAACUCUACAAUGAAUCACUAGAUCAUUCACACAUGCUAUAAGU